UUGGCUUUCCAAAGAAAGAAUGCUAGUAUGUAUUUGGCCUAUGGUAAAAGAAAAAGUUGAAACCCAACGUUGAGAUCCAAACGGAAACCUGCCAUCACACGGCGAACUUUGCCUUCCUCCACCGCUACAGUCUUCUAAUUCAAUUGGGUUAAAGAAUUAAGUAUUAGUCAUUUUUUUUAACUUUUUAUUCAGCGAAUCUACUGUAGAAAUAACUGAAAAGAUUAUUCUUUGAUCAGAAUUUCUAUUCAGAAGAACAAAUACGCGAUAAAGAAAGGUUCUUGUUUGAUCAGAAUAUCUAUUCAGCUUCGUCAAUUCUUGCAGCCUUUUGAUUUGAAGGGGUUUUCACGAAAGAAAAAAAAUGGAGAAAGUAAUGAAUAUAUUGAAGCCAAAACCGAACCCUCAACAGCUUUUAAGGGAUUGGCAACGUAGGCUCCGACAAGAAUGUCGGAAUAUUGAACGUCAAAUCCGAGAUAUACAAAGAGAGGAGAAGAAUGUGCAGAAAGCAAUUAAAGAAGCUGCAAAGAGAAAUGAUAUGGGUUCUGCUAAGUCACUUGCGAAAGAGAUUGUGAGAUCUAAAAGAACUGUGAACCGAUUGUACGAGAAUAAGGCACAGUUGAAUUCAAUAUCCAUGCACCUUGGAGAAAGUGUCGCCAUUGCUCGAACUGUCGGACAUUUGUCUAAAAGUGCUGAAGUCAUGAAGCUCGUCAAUAAUCUUAUGAAGGCUCCAGAAGUGGCUAUGACAAUGCAGGAGUUUAGUAAAGAAAUGACCAAGGCUGGCGUGAUGGAGGAAAUGGUAAAUGAUGCAGUGGACAGUGCACUGGAUUCAGAAGACAUAGAAGACGAGAUUGAAGAAGAAGUUGACAAGGUUUUGACUGCAAUUGCUGGUGAGACUACUGCACAACUUCCUGAAGCAGUCCGAAAGGAGAAGUUAAAGCAACCCGCGCAGGCAGUGGAGGAUGCAGAGGGUGCUGAUGAAGAGGAAGAUUUAGAAGAACUAAGGGCGCGCCUUGCUAAAGUUAGAUCCUAAUAAAUUGACUUCAACUGCCUAAGGUUUCAAUGUAAAAUAAGUUUGUAUGUGAAGCACAGACCUUUUCUAUCUGGGAGAGAGGAUAGUUGAGUACCUUGUGUAUCUUAGAAUCAGUUAACUCAUGAUUUCUUGUGUUAAUUAUCCAAUGUGAGUUCCUAUCUUUUUCUCUUGUAUGGAAAAUGAAAUACUAUGUUAACAACAUUUCCUGCUAUUUAGUGGAAUUGGUUGUCCAAUAUGUAUUUA